AUGGCAAAGGACCACAAUGCAAAUUCUCAGGACGAAGCAAGGGGGGAGGGUGCAGCUGCCGAAAAUCUGGAUCAGGACAGACCAAAAGCCGAAAACAUAGACGAAAAUCAGGACGAAGAGAGGAGAAAUCAGGAUGAAAAUGACGACGAAGAUGAGGAGGAAGGGGAGGAAGAGGAUGAUGACUACGAUGAUGAUGAGGAAAUCUUUGUGCAGCCAAAUGUACUCCCAGCUGAAGAUCCCGAGGGCGCUGAGUGGAGCGAUGUGGAAGCCUUGGUGGGCGUCUCGUGCCCUCUCGCAGAAACAGUCCAGUGCCGAGAGUCCGUCGGUGUGCAUCAAGUGCUCGUAAAGUCAACUGCCGAAGCCUCGCACGUGUGUGUCAAUG